UACCUACCUGGUGAUAACAGUGAGAACGGUGUAGUUCGAGUUCGGAAUUCUUGAUUGCGAAAACCCAGACGCGGGUGUAGCUGCCCUCGCGUUCUGCUGAUUUUUGUGUUUUUGCAUAUUUGAUGUGCCUUAGAGUUUUCCUGGUUUCAUCAUUUUUCUCUCUAACAUUCCAUUUUUUGAUCUCACAAAUUGUUGAUGUUUAAUUUAACUGCUGUACUUAGAAUUAACGAUCUGAAUUGUGUGAACGAAUUCGGUCUUUUGGCCAAAGGAUUUUGCCAUUAAUUUUGUGAUUUUUUGUAUGCUACUGCAGUAAAUUUUUUGCAAUAUUAAACUCAAAAGCCACAUCUGUUCUGGGAAUUACAAUUUUUGAUUGGACUAUUUUGCGACAGCAGAACGUUAUAAAAAUGGAUCGAAUGCGCAGAUCAAUGGAUCGCAUCAGGCGAAGUAUUCGGCAGUCCUUUCGCCGUUCCAAGAAAGCUCCAUCAUCGGCCUCAUCAGGCGAAAGUGCUCAGCCUCCACAAUGGAGUAAUGAUGAGGUAGCAGUUCGUGCUGGAAACUGCUCAUUCCAAGUCAAGUACUUGGGAUGUAUUGAGGUGUUUGAAUCCCGUGGAAUGCAAAUAUGUGAGGAAGCGCUCAAACAGCUGCGGAAUUCGGGCCGGAAAACGCAACGGGCGGUGUUGCACAUUAGUGGUGAUGGCUUGCGGGUUGUGGAUGCAACGAGCUCGCAAUUAAUUGUGGAUCAGACAAUCGAGAAAGUGUCCUUUUGCGCACCUGACCGCAAUCAUGAUCGUGGUUUUUCCUAUAUCUGCCGAGAUGGAGCCACCCGUCGAUGGUUGUGCCAUGGAUUCAUUGCUGUCCGCGAAUCGGGCGAACGUCUUUCCCACGCGGUUGGUUGUGCGUUUCAAAUCUGCUUGGAACGGAAGCAAAAACGUGACCGUGAAAUUGCCCAAGCGGCAGCACCGCCGCCUUCGCAGCCUGAUACAGUCAGUCGCCACCAUUCCACAUCCACUACGGCGGCGAUGAUUCAGACUCCGCCGCGCAGCAUCUCCAGUCUGCCGUUGACCAACCACACUCCCAACGCAACCUUUGCCCGCCAAUCAUCGACCCGCUCCUCUUCUAUUGCGGAGCGGAUGAAAAACCCUCAGGAAUUCAAAACGGUAUCGCCCCCACCACCCGUGAAGACGGUAGUCAAUCCGUUUGAACGGGAGCGGCCCCAUGCCACACCGCAGAUGCUGGAGAGGCAGCAGUCGCUGCGGACGCUUUCUACGUUGAAUUCAGCGACCCCCUUCAAGAGGAAUUUAUCCCUACAGACCCACGAUGGGCCAGCAGAAAUCGGGUCCGCUGGGAAGUGGAGACCGCAGUUAUCCAUGGAUGGAUCGAGUCGGAGUGCGCGAGGAGCAACGGAUUUCCGUAACUCCGGUACUGGGGCCAAUAGUAAUGUGCCAACAUGGGAGGACGGCACUCCUAUACAGGACAGCGAUGAAGUGCUAUCCGAAGAACCGGAAGAAUUCACGGAUGAGAUAUCGCGAUUGUGCCAGCAGAUGUCGUUUGAUCUGAGCAUGAUGAGUUCCUCCGGUGCCCCUGACGGCUACAGUGCCUCGGCCGGAUCCAAUUAUGUCAAUAACGCUUCCCAUGCCCUGCCAAAGAGUCUCUCCACGCCGUUUCCGGUGGACAAGAAACCGGAAUCCGCCAGGGAAGCACGUCAGCGUUUUGCUGAACGGGCGCCUUUUGCGCGCACCGUACAUCCGCCGGCGGCGCACUACGUCAACGGUUAUCAGCAUUACAUGAAUGGUCAGACGAACGGGGGCCUGUCCUCGUCGACCACAAUUGAUUGGUCCGCGAAUUCGACGGCCCCGGACCCCUUCAACACCGAUAGUGUUAACUGGGUGAAUCUCGGUCAGAAUGGACAAUCCUCGACGAAUCCCUUUGCUGUAUAGAGAACACAUACACCGGUUUCGUUAUUUAAGUGUGCGCGUGCGCGCUCUCACGGUGUUUUCUUUGCUUUACCAUUUGAUUGUGGUAGCCUGAGGAGACCGACCCAACGAGUUUUGCGUUAUUUUUUGUUGGUGUGUGUAUAUACGAUGUUUAAUUUUGUGUUGUUAGCCUUCGCACUUGCAGAAAGGAUGAUUUUAUGCGUUAAGUAUUUGUAUGGGUUCGCAGCUUUUUUAAUUUCUUUUAAGUUUCACCUUUUUUUCGUAGGAAGCAUAGCGUGCUUUGCAGAUAAAUCAGGAAUUCUGGGCUUAUGCUGUGGCUUUGCCGGAGAGCACCUUACUCACUGUUGUUGUGAUUUUCAAGGAUUGAUAAAAUUAUGCACAGUUGUACAAA